AUGGCUUCAAGCGAGCCUCCACCAGCAGUUACAAAUGGGCUGGUGGUACCGAUAGUUAUUUGGGGAAAAAAACCACCGGACAACAGAAUGACUGCGGUUCGAUAUUUAAGUGAUAGAACCACUAUAGUCACAGUGAUCUACAUUUCUACAGGUGAUCUGAGCGGCCAUGUAAUCACAUGGAAAUGUGACGAAGAGUACCUGACACCCUGUCAGCUUAUGAUUGGGCAUGACGCUCCCAUUACUGCAAUUUCACCUACCAAUCACCAGCCAUCGUCGACGCGAUUUAUUACUGCAUCCUCUGAUGGUCAUCUGUGCUUAUGGGAUCUUCAAGAUGGUCGUUGUGUUGAUUCAGUGUCAUCAUUGUAUGUUCACCGCUAUAUGCAGCCUUAUACUUACAAGUCUUCUCGUCAUACGAGAUCAACACGACUGUUCUGCAUCGGCGACUACAGCGACAUUGUAGUCCUUGAUCCUCAAGACCUCACAGUCGUGUUUCAGCUGAGUUCAAGGGUGGAACCUGAUUGGGUCUGUUCCUAUGAAAUUGUGCACAGAACCAAUAAAUCAGAGCAAUGCAUCGGUAUCUCAAUGGCAGGAAUGAUCAAAGUGUGGUCAUUGAUGGAGCUGGAGAAAAAGGAUCUCGCCACACCUCUGUACGAAGAUGAGUCUAAAAGACUAGAAUUGAGAGAUGUCAAAGCUAUUUCUUUCAACCCUGUUAAUGAGCGACUCCUUCUCAUUAUUUGCUCGACAAAUUGGCAGCUUAUCGAUCUCGAUGAUUUAUCUGUUAUCAUCAUUCACAACUGUUCGGGUAGGGCUGUGAAUGGAAAAAUUUUGGAUGUCGACAAGAUAGCGGUGGCAUUUGCAGAUCACACUCUCAGAGUCUAUCAACUUCCCCUUGAGAAGCUAGAGGGCGCCCAAGUGAGGCAACGCUUUGGUGAAACCCCAAAAAAUUAUCUGGGAAUUUCAGACCCGUUCGAAUUCGCAUUAUGGGAGGGCUCUAGAUCGAACGUUUGCUCGUGGUUGAACGACGUUACUUUCGCUUUUGCUCCACAACGGAGCGACCACUCGGUAUUCCAAGCUGCCCAGGCUACGCAAUCUGGCCAACUGCUUAUAUGGAGGAUCCCACGGUUUGGCGAAGAGGAUUUCGGAGGAAUCACUUGCUCGUUGUUCGUCAGCAGCCAAGGCAAAUUAAUAAUGGGAAGGUCGGACGGUCUUAUUGUAAUGACCAAUGCAUGCGAGAGCUUAGGCAGACAACUGCUCAAUGUGAACUUGGAAAAGCCAUCGUUGCGUUACUUGAAUGGACAUAAGGGUGCAGUCAGCAAUCUCCUUUAUCCGCACGAACAUCAUCCACGAUUCGAUUCAGAAGUUUUGGUAUCUGGCGCAGAAGAUUUUGCUGUAAUUGUGUGGAACAUCAACACUGUAGAAAAGCUUCGUUGUUUUACCGUUCAUGGUGGUCCGAUUCUUCGUUUUCUUGUACCUCCACCGAAUACAACGUGCGUUCUGUUAGCCUCACGACAUCCAUACCCAGUCAGUCUUGUGAAGUGGCGACCACUUGACGAUUAUAUGUUAGUGCGACUGGACGAUGGCAGCGUUUUCGUGUGGGAAAUGGAUAUAGCUACCUUGGAUCGGGUCGUCUUUGGUGUAAUCGCUGAAGAGUUUCUGUCUGCGUGUGACGAACAGAUUGGAAAAGAAGAAGGCACUGAUCAGACAAUGAGAGGGCGUCUAGGCACACCAGAUCCAAUUAACGCACAGAGUGACAGCCCAUCGCCUUCACCAGAAAUGAAUACAGUGCAGCUUUCUCCCCCUAUGUCCAUCACUCCUCUACCUGGCAGUGAUCGAGGCGCUCAUCUGGUUCAAAUAGAUGUUGGCAGUCUAAUCGGCGGCAUUGUCCACCUUGAUUCUGCUGAAGAGGCUGUUUACAACGAGCGACGAAUUUCCCAAGCCACCCCGAAGCAGGAUUCGGAAGAAAACGCGCCAAGUGCCGAGUUAUCGCGUCGUCUUGCAUGGCAAUUUGAAUCGAACCUCUAUCUGGAUAUUGCUCGGCUACUGCUUUCCCUUUUGCAUGGCUGGAAUCUUGACAAUGAUCUCGAUGCUGUAUGCAUCAAAAAGCUUGGUCUCAAUAAGCCAAAGGGACAGCUCUAUUUCGGAAAUGUUUCAAGACAAGGUCAACUUUCUGUCACCCUCCCUCAGAAAAAUGAGCAGUCAUUUGACCGGUUUUCUACUGGAGUACGAUGGCAGGCAAGUCAUUCAUUAACCACAACUCAUUUACUUGCCAUAAUCGCUACAGCAAACACUCUAAUGGGUAUGAAAAAUGCGGCUACACAAGUCGAAAAUACGCGGAAGGGCACAUUUGCACCACAGACGCAAUCAGCGAAGAAGCUCACUCCAGAAGGUGUGAUUAGUGAAAGGCAACAACUGAAGCAAGGAUGGAGCCUUCUUGCUGCUUUACACUGCGUUCUUCUUCCUGACCACGUGCGUCCUCGAAGCAGUUAUGCCGCUCCGCGAAUAGAACUUCUCGCCAGACGGUGGCAAGACAGUUGCGUUGAAAUCCGAGAGGCCGCCCAAGCACUUUUAAUAAGAGAGCUGUCCCGGUUAGGCUCUGCUGGGCGACGACGCUUGGUUGAAUCGUGGACGCCAUUUCUUCCACCGCUGCUUGAUCCGGCGCUUUCGAUUUUCGGCGCCCGUUUGCAGUCGUCUGUUCCAACCUUACCACCGUCAGCGCCACCAAUCCCACCAAGGCAGAAGAAUUCGCCUCCCCCUCUUGCGCCUGUACCUGGUACUGCUCUGAUGACGUUUUCAUAUUAUUGGGUAGAUCCAGUAUUGGAAAUGACGACUAAGGAUGUUGUAGAGCCAUCGAUCGGAGAAGAUGGGGAGUCUGGUGUGCAGCAAGUUCGUCGUAAUCAAGCAACAGCGAUAAUUCUUCUCGGCGUUGUCGGAGCAGAAUUCGGUGAUGAGUUUCGGGCGGAGCUAAUGAGAGCAACAGCUCUGUCGUUGCUAGAGUUGUUGGUAGCUGCGCCGUCACCACUUUUGCCGGUGCAUUCACCAUUACGUCGUGCUGCGAUUGACCUGCUUGGACGAGGAUUUGUACAUUGGGAACCACAUCUGGAAAUCAGUAAAGUCGUGCUGGGCCUGCUCGACCUGGCUGCUAAUACGGAUAAACAACCACCUCCUCCUAUUGUUGGUGCACCAUUAUCCCCAAUUGCCGAUGCUUGCCGUACAGCUCGACAUGCCCUCACCUUAAUCGCUACCGCACGUCCGACUGCUUUAUUGUCGGCUUUGAGUAUGGAAGUUGCUCGGUAUAAUUCAGCAGCUCAACAUCAGACCAUUCAACACACGGUGGUUAGCCCAUUGCUGAAAUCCCGUUCAGAAGUUCUACGAAUAAUUGAAGAGCUGUCUGAAAAACGCUAUGCUGAAGUCGUGGAGAUGAUGCUGCCUGUUGGCGAUAUUUUAGUUCACUGCCUAGAUACUUCAUUGCUUAAGCAGAAAACACUUUCCGAGAUCUUCCCACCAAUUACCAAGUUUUUCAUGGUUGCUUAUUGUUCAUCGACCCGACGAAUAGCAUUUGGUGGCAAAAACGGUACAUGUGUUGUUCAUGAACUUCGAGCUGCGAAAGCACACAAUCUGCAAGCACACCAAGGCCCUGUCGCUGCGGUUGCAUUCUCAGAGGAUGGCAAAUAUCUGGCUACUUACGGGGAACAAGACUCCAAAAUUAAUUUUUGGCAGACAAGUCAAACAUUCCUGGGAAUGGGACAAAAUCAAAUGAAAUUGGUGAAAAGUCAGCCGGCUCCUUCACUUGCUGCCUUCAGUCCGAAUGGAACCGUCAGCACUUUUCGACCAAAACUGGUAUGGAUAAAUUUGAAAUCGUUGACGCUCAUGAUGCCCGAGGGACGUGAGCAGCGUUUUACUGUGUAA